AUGCUUCAAACAGUUUAUCCACGAACGGAAUCAACAAUACAUUUAGAACUUCAAGAUACUGAAUUAUGGUCAUGUUUCGAAUCUUUAAGUACAGAAAUGAUUUUAACCAAAGGUGGACGACGAAUGUUUCCUGUUCUUCGUGUUGCUGUUCAUGGUUUAGAUCCUGAAACUUUAUAUGAUUUUAAACUUGAUUUUAUUCCAUGUGAUAAUUAUCGUUGGAGAUAUGUUAGUGGACAUUGGCAAACAAAUGGUAAACAAGAUAGUACAAAUUUAAAUCAUGAUCGUCGUUAUGGUGUAACAAUAAAAGGUGAACCAUAUUCUCAUCCAAAAUCACCUAACUAUGGCCGUUUUUGGAUGUCUGAUAUUGUUGAAUUUAAAAAUGUUAAAUUAACAAAUCGUCCAAAUCCAAUAAAAGAUGAUCAUAUUAUCCUUAAUUCUUUACAUAAAUAUAAACCAAGAAUACAUAUUUUACAAUCAUUAUCUAAUGGACAACCAAAUAUUUUAUUAGAAACUUUUACAUUUCCAUUAACAUCAUUUAUUGCUGUAACUGCUUAUCAAAAUGAAGAAAUAACUGCAUUAAAAAUUCGACAUAAUCCAUUUGCAAAAGCUUUUCAAGAACCUCGAGAUCGAACUGAUCAUGAAGGACAAACAAAUGAAACAGAUUAUCGAACUCAACAUUUUUCAUCUAUUCCUUAUUAUAUGUUGCCAUUUCCUACUGAUGAUUCGGCUACAACAUCAUCAUCACAAGUUCAUCGACAUCGUUCAUCAGUUAAUACACAUCGUACACGUCCUUAUUACCAUCAUCACAAUCAUUCUUUAAUGUCAACGAAUUCACCUCCAUUGCUACUAGCAGAUCAAGUAACAACACCGAAUAUGUUUGAUUAUGCAAAUUCGACGACAACAUUUCAACAUCAUCAUACAGCAGCUAUGGCUAAUUGGUCAACAUUUCAAUUGCAAAGUACAAUUGAUAACACUCAUCAACAUCAUAUGUGA